GGGUAACUAAUCGCUCAUCUCACUUUGAAAUGGAACAUCCAUCAGUGGGACUUUGCCUUCCUCUCCUCCUCUUCCUCCUGCUUAUCCAGCCUCUGACCUCAGUUGAGUUGGAGGACGCGGAUGACGUGCAAGUGGAGGUUAUUGUCCGCAGCUCCCCCUGCAGCGCCACCUGUGGGGUGGGGCUUACCACUCAGACCAUGUGUUGUCUGAAUGACAGUAAGAAAGACAUGGAAGAAAGUGGGAGGAGAACAAACAGGACAUCACAGGUGUCAAAGGUGUCAAAGGUGUGCCGUGUCCGCAAGGUGAAGUGUUUGGAGUCUUGGCAGUGCGGCCUCAGGACGAUGACUGUGACUUCAGGAGAGAAAGUGGAGCUUGACUGUCUAGGAGAAGUCAUGGAGGCGAUGGGGUAUUUUUCCUGGCGGGUGCUGUGGCGUUACGCACAUGGAAUCAUCACCUCCGAUGACACUCUGUUUGCUCGCUGGAAAGCGCCUCAGCUGGACAAAGUGAUCCUGGACCCGGUCAGAGAGGAGGACGCAGGUACUUACCGCUGUAUGGUACAAGACGCUAAAUAUCGCCGGGUAAAGAGGGUCUACUGGGGCAUCCGGGUUUUACCCACUGAGGUGCUUAAUCUGGACUAUGAAGGCACUCUCACCCAGUGGGAGUCAACUCCAAACGAGCAGAACCAGCAGAACCAGACUGUGUCUUACCGGCAGGACCAGUGGAUGAUCCUUUACAUGGUGCUGAUCCCACCGAGCCUCGCAGGUGCUGUUGCGGGACUCAUACUGGGCCUCUGCUGGGCAGUGAGGAGGCGACAGCAGGGGGGAGUAGUAGUGUAGCUGCUUUUACAGCUAUUGCAGUUUCAUUUGUGGCCCACAUUGUGAUGUGAUAUCUGUACAAUGCUAAAGUCCCAAGAUAUCACCAGCUUUGUUGUUGUUAGGUCUGUUUCACUGGAUUCAGAUGACGUGACUGAAAGUUGGUUUAUAUUAGCAAGAUGUCUUGAAUAAUCCUGAUCCUGAAUAAUCCUGAAAUAGAAAUUUUGACUGCAGAUAUUUAGCAACAUUAAAUAGUCGGACAAACACUGGUUACACCGUAUUCUUUCAGCUUCUCCUUUUAGGGGUUGCCAGAGUGGAUCAUUUACCUCCAUUUUGCCCUAUCCCUUGUUUCCUCUUCUGUUACACCAACUGUCCUCGUCUACUUCUUCACAACAUCUAUGAACCUUCUCUGUGGUUUUCCUCUUUUCCUCCUGUCUGGCAACUUCAUCUUCAACAUUGUUAAUCCAAUAUAAUCGCUAUCCCUCCUCUGCAUGUGACCAAACCAUCUCAACCUUGACUCUCUUACUUUAUCUCCACACCGUUCAGAGCUCAAAUUCACUUAUUUCUAAUCUUGUCCUUCCUGGUCACUCCCAUCAAAAAUCACAGCAUCUUCAGCUCUGCCACCACCAGCUUCUUCUCCUGUUGUAUAGACAGUGCUUCUGUCUCCAAGCCAAACAUCAUAGACCUUCCCUUUCACUUUCGCUGGUAUCCUUCUGUCACACAUCACCCCGACACUCGUUUUCACCCACUCCACCCAGCCUGCACUCUCUUCUUCACCUC